AUGGCAACUGAAGCCACCACCGAAAUUAUUGCGACGCCGCCGAUAGUACCCGAUGAUGAGCUGAACACUGUCGAUACCUCCUCGAGCCAAGAUGCCCCUCCUGAGCAACCCGUGGUAAACGGAACUGUCGGGAAACUCAAGCAGAAUGCAGAGUGUGCGGAGCCAAGUACCAACUCAGCGGACGUGAGCGUGAGUGGAGGAUCAGAUACGGAGGCUUCGAAAACAGAGAUCUCGAAAUCCCCUGGCGAUGAUAAGGGCCACGUACGCACAGCAUCUUCGGUCAAGAAAGUAGCUGCUUUCAAGCCUGUGUCGGUGAACAAGACCUUUCUCGCGGCAAAGGGAUCGGCCACAACGGCGCCUUCGAAGCUUGGGGAUAAAGCUGCUGCAGGAGCAUCACCGACUCAGACACCGGCUUCUGCCAGCAGCGCUCUGAGACCUCGGCUGGUUGCAAAGAGUGGAAGUGGUCUUCGCGACUCGGCGCCUCGGAACACAACAGCGGCAAACGGAGCAAAGGCUGGCGCAGCACCGGAUCCCAGUGCCGUGUGGAAUAAGAACAGACCCGCACCACCUGUAGAACCGAAGCGAUUCACCGACGAAGAGCUGAAGCAGCGUUAUGGGAUUCAUCUAGCUACCAGACUACAGUCAGACGAGCCGGGCAGGCAGGCGAACUGGGCAGACAUCGAGGACGAUGAUGAUGAUUGGGCUCCAGAGACGAUCGAGUGGACCGAUGGCACAAAGAUCACUCUUUCUCAAGCCGAGGACCCACCCGCUCCAGUUCCUGAACCUGCGCCUGCGCCUGCGCCUGCGCCAGCACCCGCGCCGAAGGAAAUUUUCGUAGCAAAGCCAAAAUCACCACAGCCAGCCCAAGCUUCAGCUCCGCCGCCUGUCAAGCCCAGUGGAUUUGGCUCCGGUCGAGCUGGACUGGUGCUCAAGGGAUCCAGUGAGAAGCCUACUCUGGUCGCAAAGCCUCCUGGACCUCCAACGCCUGUAAAAUCUCCAUGGGCUUCCUUACCACCCGUGGACAAGGUGGCACCCGUUUCCAUCGAGCCCCAGCAACAGCAGCACACCAAUAGCCGUUUCAAUCAGAGAGACCCCCAUGGUUUUAAUGGGAUGCCGCCUCCACCUGCGAAGGAGAUUGCUGCAGACGAUUUCAGCCGGUCGUGGAGAGAGGGAUCCAAUACUAGUCGUGAAUUAUACAAUUCACAGUCUGGUCGGUAUGAGCCUGUCAACGACAACCGCCGAGUAUCUAUGCGCAAUGACGCCCGUAACGAUUCCCGCGCUCAUCAACCUGCUUUGCUUCAGCGACCUCCUCUCCACGAUGGCGCCCCAGAACCGUCUGCUGCCUUUCAAACCCACAGAGCAAGUGGCCACGAAGGCUAUGGCCGUCGCCGAACUUCUUCCAAUCUCAGUGGUGGUAGCGGGAACCUCGUUAGGCGCAUGAGCAGGGGUCACGAAAUGCCACCGCCCCAUGAGUUGUUGAACGUUCGCAGAGGCUCGCUAGCGGCUGUGAGCGACACUCCUUCGUCCCCACGAAAUUUCUCACCUUCUGGUCAACACCCCAACCAACGUGGCUACUCAGCUCACCCGCAAGGUCAACACUGGCAGUCCUCGCAACAAGGUCAGCAAUCGCAAUCGCGCGCUCCACCUGCUGCGAGCAAUCCUUCUUCAAACUCAACAAACCUCAACACAGUACCAGCGAUCUCAGCGGUAUCCGACGCCCCAGUUCCAACACCCGCUGUCCCCUACGAAGAUCCGAUCGAGGAGCAGAAGAAGAUUAUGCGUGCAACCCGUGAACUUGCAAUCAAGAGAAGACAAGAGGAAGAGGCAAAAGAAGAAGCUGCUCGCAAGGAGCGAAUCCGAAUUAAGCUUGAGGCUAUGGGUCCUCCACCGGAGUCAAAGAAGAAGAAAGAGGCGGCUAAAGAGGAAAUGACUACUCCGAAGCAAAUUCAAAGCCAAGAAGCUGCUGCUGCGCCCCCCGUGCAGUCUCAAGAGCAAGCUUCGGCAGCAACUCAAAAUGAUGCAAAGGUGAAGCCAAGUUCCGACUCGGCCCAGAAACAUGCUGUUGUCUCCCCUGUCGAAGAAAAAUCCGUGGGCACACAUACUUCCAAUCAAGAUAUGCGCUCAAAUGGAGCUUCUCAAGGCCGACCUAUGGCAUCUCAAACCUCUCAAGAUGGUCGACCAUCGUCGUGGCAAAAUAACACUGCUCCAUCUGCAGAUAGAUACCAGUCUUGGAACGCAGCUCCUACUCCACAAUCGUCCUCCAUGAACGUCUGGGGCCCGCCUACAAACGAUCGAACCCUCGGUAAUGGUACAUUCAACUCAGAAUUGAGUAGAGUACCAGACAUUCACCAGUCAUCGCAUCCAGGCCCGAUCGGACCACCAAAUCGUGGCAAUGCUCAAUUCCAGCAAGGACGUGGCCGGGACCCCUAUGGAUCAAGACCGGCUCCAAUUGGGCCCCCAAACCGAUACCAGGGACAACUCUCUCGGCAAGAUCUGGAGAAGAAAGCCGCAGUAGCUCGAUCGGGUUGGGGUUCCUUACCACAAGUUCUCCAGCACAAUGAAGGCGUCGAGGCCAAGCAACAUGAUCUAGAGCGUGCUCAGAAGCUCAAACAAGUUGAGCAAGGUAUUCUUUCCGAACCUGUAGGUCCUGCGAUCCAGGAGACCUGGCGCCAAGUGGCUAUCAAUGAGGAUGGCAGUAGGGGCAAGAUCCAAACCAACAUCACCAGCGUCCAUGACCCACAGGCAUGGAAGUCGCAAGAGGAGAGCACAACCCGAGGAGGCAUGUUUGAGGACCAGGAGGCUGCUCGGCGACAACACAUCGAUCAUGUUGGCAAUCAAUCACGUUUCAAUGAUGGCAGUCAACCGCCCUUCAACGACGCGUGGAGAACACAGGCGAAUGCGAAUGCUUCUCCUGCUGUUCGGGGCUCCCGUUUCUUCCCAAACAACCGUGACAUCCGCUUAGAGGAACAAUAUGCUCUAUAUGACAUACCAAGUUCCCCAUCCCCACCACCUCCUACCAUGGCCGGACACCCUGCUUACGAUGGCGAUAUCGCACAUCCUCACGUCUCCUUGCCACGCCCUGCGCCUGUGGUCAAGUUGCCCCCCGCUCCUGUCAUGGCACCCAUUGGUCCUCCACCCAAGCCAGUCUCUUUCGCCCAAGUAGUACAAGCACCUGCAGUUCCAGCCAUCAGCCACAAUGCCGGCUAUCAAUCCCGCCAAAAUGCGCAUGCAUAUCAAGAUAUUCGUCGACAGGAGCAGCCUACUGCAGGAGGAUGGCAAGACAGAAUCAGCAACUUGCUUGGACGUAAGAACUCUCCUCCAAAGUCACACGCUCUGGCUGUCGAUUCUUCGAGCAAGAAUGCCCUUGAGCUUCCGAAACAACAGGUCGGUGCUACUGUCUCGUUGCCGUCGGUAGGUUUGGGAGACUUAGCCUUUGAUAACGGCGCGGUCGAAUCUAAGCCAGCUGCCGAAGAAUGUUUCGAGGAGCAGGAGAUGGGGUCUUUACCUAUCGUCAAAGUCCCACAUCUUGCCCCCCCCUCGGCUUGGAACCUUGCCCCGGCACCAUCGAAAUCCUUCCCUCGGAAGUUUCAGGUCUCCCAAGUUCUCACUGCUGAACCGAUCCACUUUGGCCAGCAAAUUGUGAACAACAUUGCAACGCUCGUGAUCAAGCUCCCAGGACAAGAUGAUCCAAAGAGUGUCACCAUUGCAGUAGCCCCUCGCCAAAGAAGUAACCCGAGAAGAGGCGCAAACUCACGAGGUCGCGGAGCACAGUCUUCAUCCUCUCACCCAAGAGGUCGAGGCGGACGGGACGCUUCGAGUGGGUACCCAUCUACAAAUCCUGACAACGCAUCAGUUGCCUCGAACACGAAUUCUGGCCGUGGUGUACGAGGAAGCAGAGCUUAUGGCACUAGCUGGGCCCGCAACUCCACACCAGCAGUUCACACCUGA